AUGAGCCGUUGGAGCCGCUGGUGGCCUGGCCAAAGAGAGGAGACAGCACAAGCGCAGGAAGAGUCACACUCUAGACAGUGGUGGCCUGCCACAAGUGCAACGCAGGAGCAGAGUGAGCGGAGCGCGAGUAGCUUCAGUUUGCGCUCCCUUGGCAUUGGAGGCAAUGCCACAAGCGAAGCAGAGGAGGCAUGGAUGCACAAUUCAGAUGUUAUGUGCCCUUCUUUGACUCUGAAGCAACGCAUCAUUGGCUGGCUUGUAUGCUUUGGGCUGGGUGUUCUUCUGGAAUUCAGCGGGUUUGGGCGUGGCAUUCACGCUUUGAUUGGUGGAGAGCCGGCCGCAGAGCGCUUUGCAGAGCUCUACACCCUAGGGAAUUUGCUUGCAUUGGUUGGCACCCUUUUCCUUGCUGGGCCGAGAAGGCAAUUGCGCCGUAUGGGGCGUGAAAAGCGUUGGAUUGCAUCACUUUGCUUUGUGGUCUCAAUGGUCCUGACUCUUCUUGUAGCUCUUUCGCCUGGAAAAUGGCAUGGCCGUACAUUGAUUCUUCUGCUGCUGGUGCUUGUGCAGUGGGCUGCCUUAGCACCUUUGCAUUCGAGAAGAGUUUGA